UCGUCAAACGACAGCCGGCAGAUAUGUCCUACAUGUCCGGACUGUUUUCGUAGGUUACGUUGAUAUCAGUGCAAGACCAGCUAAGUGAGCUGAAAGUGUAGAUGCGUUUAAGUAAUCGUCGUAAUUCAGUGGGAAGAAAGACGAACCCUUCAGCUCUUCUUCAGAGGCUGUAUGGCUUUAUGCUGUGUUACUAACAGUUAACGUUAGCCGAGGCCUGGCAGUUAGCUAACGUGACAUUUCACCGUGAUUUGCUGGAAAACUGCACAUGUGACACAGCCUCUGCACUGUAUUGCUGCAGUGGUACAGUACCCUUAACUCAGCAUGCACUCUGACCUGUCACCUCACCUGCACACGGACGAGUGUAAUGAGCUGAUAGCUCAGCUGAGGCAGUGCCACACGGAGCACAAUGUCCUGAGGUUCUUUGGGACGUGUAAUGAUGUGGACCGUGCUAUGCGUCAGUGCCUGAAGAAAGAGAGACUGGAAAAGAGGGAGCACAGCAAGCAACAUGCACAAGAGAUGAAAAUGAAGCUGAAAAGAGGGCCCAAGGAGCAGCUCUGAAAGACAUUUUACAGAUAUUAUAUAGAUAGAUAUUAUAAGUGAUAUUGGGACAUUGACUUAAGUAUGACACUGCGUAACAGGCCUCCACUGUUGUUUUCUGUAAAGAGAGAAAAAGGGUUAUACCUUCUGACACACUUCUUACUUUUUAGAAUGUGCGAAGACCAAAACAUGCACUGGUAUCAGGACUUUUUAGGUCAAGAUAAAACAUCAUCAAGUAAGUUAGAUUAAAUACCAAUGUUGUUGAUGGUCAUUUAUUUCCCCUCAGAACACAACAGCUUCAUCAAAGAGAUUAGUGUGGCUGGUAGCAGAAGCCUUUCAUCAAACCAUUGUUUUAGUUAGCAGGACACCACAGGAAUAUUCUGGUACCUGAUUUAUUCAUGAAAACAGGGAGAGUCCAUUUCAGGGUAUCAGUAAUGCAUGUAAAAAAAGAAAAGACCCAAAACAGAAUGACCAGUGGCUGUGUUACUCGGUGUCAACAUACAUAUUGAACAAAGUCAGUGUUGUUUGAAACUUUAUUUGAAUGGGGAAUCAUAUUGAUUUGUUACAAGUUGAAUAUCUUUCAAAUAAAGUGAAAUUAUAUGUUUAUUUAAAGGUC